AUGGGUUCCCCGGGCGCCGAGAGCGCGGGGAAGAGCCUGCAGUACCGCGUGGACCACCUGCUCAGCGCCGUGGAGAGCGAGCUGCAGGCGGGCAGUGAGAAGGGCGACCCCACGGAGCGCCAGCUGCGCGUGGGCCUGGAGGAGAGCGAGCUGUGGCUGCGCUUCAAGGAGCUCACCAACGAGAUGAUCGUGACCAAGAACGGCAGGCGUAUGUUCCCGGUGCUGAAGGUGAACGUGUCGGGCCUGGACCCCAACGCCAUGUACUCCUUCCUGCUGGACUUCGUGGCGGCCGACAGCCACCGCUGGAAGUUCCUGAAUGGGGAGUGGGUGCCAGGCGGCAAGCCAGAGCCGCAGGCACCCAGCUGCGUCUACAUCCACCCCGACUCGCCCAACUUCGGGGCGCACUGGAUGAAGGCGCCUGUCUCCUUCAGCAAAGUCAAGCUCACCAAUAAGCUCAACGGGGGCGGCCAGAUCAUGCUGAACUCCUUACACAAGUACGAGCCCCGGAUUCACAUCGUGAGGGUCGGCGGUCCGCAGCGCAUGAUCACCAGCCACUGCUUCCCUGAGACGCAGUUCAUCGCCGUGACCGCCUACCAGAACGAGGAGAUCACAGCUCUGAAGAUUAAAUACAAUCCAUUUGCCAAAGCUUUCCUGGAUGCAAAGGAAAGAAGCGACCACAAGGACGCGAUGGAGGAGGCUGGAGACGGCCAGCAGCCGGGGUACUCCCAAUCAGGGGGGUGGCUCAUCCCCGGACCCAGUGCCCUGUGCCCGCCUGCCAGCCCCCACCCGCAGUUUGGAGGUUCCCUCUCCCUGCCUUCCGCUCACGGCUGCGAGAGGUACCCGGCCCUGAGGAGCCACCGCUCGUCGCCUUACCCCAGCCCCUACGCUCACAGGAACAACUCUCCAACCUACCCUGACAGCUCCUCCGCCUGCUUGCCCAUGCUGCCGUCCCACGACAGUUGGUCCAGCCUGGGGGUGCCUGCUCACAGCGGCGUGCUCCCCGUGAGCCACAACGCCAGCCCGCCCGCCGGCUCCAGCCAGUACCCCAGCCUGUGGGCCAUGAGCAACAGCGCCAUCACCCCCGGCUCCCAGACGGCUGCCGUGUCUAGCGGGCUGGGGGCCCAGUUCUUCCGAGGCUCGCCCGCACACUACGCUCCCCUGACCCACGGCGUCCCGGCCGCCUCCUCGGGCUCCCCACUCUACGACGGGGCUGCCACGGUCACAGACAUGCCCGACAGCCAGUACGACGCCUCGGCCCAAGGCCGCCUGCUAGCCUCAUGGACGCCCGUGCCGCCUCCCUCCAUGUGA